AUGGAGGCUCCCGGCAAAGUGCAGUCGAGGCUAAGCCCAUCAAGUACCGCACAGCCCGAGGAGUCUCAAGGUGAGAAGAAAGUAGAGAAACCACCCGUAGAUGUUAGACCUUCACCUCUCAUAGACCAUUCGCGUGUCCCGUUUCCUACCCGUCUUAGGAACCAAAAGUACUCAAGGGAAUACGGGCAAUUCUUAGAUAUCUUCAAGCAAUUGAAGAUCAAUCUUCCUUUCAUUGAGACACUUCAAUCGAUGCCUAAGUAUGCGAAAUUCUUAAAAGACCUUCUUAGGAAUAAAGAGAAGUUAGGGGAGUUGUCUAAUGUCCCGUUGAAUGGAGGAUGUUCCGCCGUUGUUUUAAAUAAGCUUCCCGGAAAGCUUACCGAUCCCGGUAUUUUCACUAUUCCUUGUCUAUUCGGUAAUAAUACCAACACUAGAGCCUUAGCCGACUUAGGUGCUAGCAUCAAUUUGAUGCCCUUUUCUCUCUACGAGAAGCUAGACCUAGGAGAGCUUUCACCUACCCGAAUGACAUUGUCCUUAGCAGAUCGGUCCGUGAAAUACCCUAGGGGCAUAGUUGAAAAUUUGAUAGUUAAGGUAGACAAGUUCGUUUUUCCCGCCGAUUUCGUAAUUCUUGAUAUGGAAGCGGAUGAGAGAGUUCCUAUUAUACUUGGUCGUCCAUUCUUGCGUAUCACUAAAGCACUCAUAGACGUUUAUGAUGGUAAGAUCACCCUUAGGGUCGGUGAGGAGAGAGUUACCUUUGAGAUAGAGCAUUCCAUGAACCACCCGAGUGGUUCAGAUGACUAUAGUGAGUAUAUUAGUGGUGCAGACCUAGUGGUAGGAGAGAAGGUAGAAGAGGAGUCGAAGUUGGUAGAGGAAGUUGAAGUUGAGGGAAUUCCUUUAAUUCCCGAAGUGUUAUCCGUUAGUGAGGACACCACCCAACCCCCACCCUUAGAGCUUAAGGUACUUCCAUCGCAUUUAGAGUAUGCUUUCUUAGGGGAGGGUUCCGAGCUACCCGUCAUUAUCUCGUCAAAGUUGGGAACGGAAGAGAAGUUGAGAUUGUUGGAGGUGUUGAAGGCCAACAAGGAGACCAUUGCGUGGAGGUUGUCCGACAUCAAGGGCAUAAGCCCUUCUUAUUGCACCCACCGGAUACUCAUGAAGGAUGAUUAUAAACCGGUGGUACAACCUCAAAGGCGCCUCAACCCUAACAUGCAAGAUGUUGUGAAGAAGGAGGUUCUUAAACUCCUAGAUGCCGGGAUGAUAUAUCCCAUUUCCGAUUCACCUUGGGUGAGUCCUACUCAGGUUUUCACUAAGAAGGGAUGGAUGACCGUUGUUAUGAAUUCUAAGAAUGAGUUUAUCCCUUCUCGUACGGUCACGGAUUGGCUCAUGUGCAUCGACUGCUGA